CUGUCCCGAGAGGACCGACAUGAGAGCUAAAUCGUGGUGCCCGCCUCCGCUUCACACUCCUCGGAAAAGGUCAAAAUGUCCUUGGAGUCCAUAGCUGACCCGGAACGGAUUCGUCGCACCUGCAUGAUGUCACGGAGUGAAAAGCGGAGCCGGGACUGAAGCCCAGAACUUAGGCUGUUGUGGUUCCUCAAGCCGAGGAUUCUGUAACUGCCUUUAUCUCGUCCGCGAUGGCGGUCUCGCACUGUCCCUGCUGUUCACAGUUUCUCAAGAGACAGGACCUUGUAUGUUUCCUCACAAACCCACACUAUGGAAGCCUCAUUUAUGCAGAUGGUCAUGGUGAAAUAUGGACAGAUUGGAAUAAUAUGUCAAAGUUUUCCCAGUAUGGAUGGAGAUGCACCACUAAUGAGAAUUCAUAUUCGAACCGUACUCUGAUGGGCAACUGGAACCAAGAAAGAUAUGACCUGAAGAAUAUUGUAAUGCCCAAACCUUUGCCUUCCCAGUUUGGACACUACUUUGAAACAACAUAUGAUGCAAGCUACAACAUCAACAUGCCAAUUUCAACACAAAGCUUUAAAAGACAGCCCCGCUGGUUCCCAGGACAUCAACCUGAAUUGGAUCCUCCCCAAUACAAAUGCACAGAAAAAUCAACUUAUACGAUGAGCUAUACAAAGCCUCAGAUUGAACACCCCCCUGAGUGUAUAUGCAAUUCUCACACUGUCCAAUUUCGGGAUCCAGAGUCCUGAAAAAGAAUAAGUUUCAUUUUUGUGGAGUAGAAUGUAAAAGGGAGCACAAAUCUAAACACAAGUAAAUACUUAGCUCACUAUAACCCAGUGUCAUUCUGAAUAAAUAAA